GUAAUUGCAGAAGUAGGACAGCCUUUAACAGCUACACAUCAAAAUGGCGAAUGUAACCGUGCCAUGUUUGGAUCUGAACGAUGGUCACAAAAUGCCGAUCGUGGGAUUAGGGACGUGGCAAGGGACAUUAGAGACCGAUGAGGGCGGGAUUGCUACAAAUGUGGAAAACGCUAUUUCUAUUGGUUAUCGCCAUAUUGAUACGGCACAGUUGUACUUCGCCGAAGCUGGAGUUGGUAAAGGGAUCCGGGCUGCCAUCGACAAAGGGAUGGUCAGACGUGAGGACCUCUUUGUAACCACCAAGCUCUGGCAGACACAUAGCCGUCGUGAAGAUGUCGUCCGGCACCUGAGGAAAAGCCUUGAUAAGCUACAGCUGGGUUACGUGGAUCUUUUCCUCGUUCACUGGCCAUGUCCUUUAAAGACGAUGGAGGAAAAUAUAUUUCCUAAAGACGACAAGGGAGAGGUUAUAUAUGCUGAUGAUAUCGACUAUCUGGAUACGUGGAAAGGAAUGGAAGAGGCAUGUGACCUGGGUUUGACAAAGUCUAUUGGCAUAUCGAACUUCAACAAGAGACAGAUACAGCGAUUACUGACUAACUGUAAGACCAGACCAGUCAAUAACCAGGUUGAAGUCCACCUUUUUUUUCAAAAUCGAAAUCUGGUUGAAUUCUGUCAGGAGGAAGGAAUCAGUGUUACGGGCUUCAGGAAUUUGCAGUUCCUCAACGUCAGAUCUCCAGAUGGCCCCAAAACGGAUAUAAUAGAAGCCAUUGCCAACCGACUGGGAAAGACAAUACAACAGGUGGCUUUAAAGUUUCAAAUACAACGAGGUGUUGCUGUCAUUCCAAAAAGCUCCAAUGAACAACGCCUUAAACAAAAUUUAGAGGCAGUAAACAUCCAACUGACGGACGAUGACAUGAAAGCAUUGGAGGGCCUGGACACGAACAAACGGACGUUGGAUUAUAUAUUCACCGGCUCCAAGUAUUACCCAUUCACAGACUCAUACUGAAGUCUCCCAAAUCUCAAAACUGAAGACGAAGUGAAGCUAUAUGCAUAGAUCCAUUUAUAGAAUACAUUUAACAGUAAAUUGUAAAGAUAGUUGCUGUGAUGCCUGAUGUCCAGUAUUUAUAAUGUACUGUGACUUAUUCCACGUCUCGUAUAAAACCUCAGCCUCAUUAACUAAUAAUUUCUUAGUUAUGUAACAAUGCAUAAAAGCCUUUGGAUCAAAUCCGGCUGAAUUACUUAUGCAUGGCAUGUCAUACAGGUGGUAGUUUAAGGUUUGUUAUGUAGCGUAUCGUACCGAUACUUAGUUUAGCUCUUCUUUUGUUGUAUACCCAGGGAACAGAACAUUUUCCAUCAAAAUCAGCUGAAAUUUCUUCUACUAGUUGAACGCGAACAGUUAAACGAUUAGUUUUGUGCAUUUUGAUCAAAGACUAGAUAUUUUGAAAAUUCUGAUUUCCCUUAAAAUCAGCUGAAAUCGAUAAAUGAGAUGGAAGUUCUGAACCUAUUAUACUAGUGUGUAGUUUCAGGUGUGUUUUGUUGUGUAUCAUACCGGUAAUUGGUUUAUGUGCUUUACAUCGUACAGUUGUAGUUUAGAUGGCUUGUUUUCUAUUUAGUGAUAUUUGCUAAAAAUUUUUUGCAUUAUAUGUAUUGAAAAAAAU